GUUUUGCGAAUAUGGCGACCGUUCGUGUCGAGGUAGAGAUCGCAGCACCGCCCGAAGAAGUCCGCGCAGUACUCCUCGACUUCCCCCGCUACAAAGAAUGGCACAGCAACUUUAUCAAACACAUCUCCACCCUCCCGCCCGGCAAGCCCGGCAUUGCUCUCCAACCGGGUGACAGACUGCACGCGGAGUUCCCAGGCUCAACUAUCGAGCCCGCCGUCAUUUCCAACGCGCCCUCCGAGUUCCGCUGGUAUGACCGCGGUGCGCUGGGUGCGUUCGCUGGGAUUCACUAUUGGGAGUUUCGGGAAAGUAGGAGUACGGAGGGUGGGACGACGUUUGUGCAUGGGGAGGAUUAUGAUGGGUGGGCGACGUUCCUGUUUAGGGAGGGGUGGCCGCUGCGUGGGACUGCGAGGGGGAUGUUUGAGGGGUUUUCGGAGGAUGUUAAGGUGAGGGUGGAGGGUUUGAGGGCUGGCGGCGCGAGGGGCGGAUAUUGA